GUACCUUUCUUUUAAGUUGUUGCUGCCAUUUUCCAAAUUGUGUGUUUUUGAUAGAGAUGGGGAAGACAGGGAAAUGGCUUAGAAACUUAUUGACAGGGAAGAGAGAUAAAGAAAAAUACAGGGAAAAAUGUGCAACCAUUAGCCCAAUUGUUCUGUCAAAUGGUACAGAAAAUCCAAUCACUCCAAACUCAACAACACCAAAGGAGAAAAGAAGGUGGAGUUUCAGGAGAUCAUCAGCCACAGCUACAGCUUCCAAGGAACUGAAUUUUGCAGAAGCAAGUGCCACAGAUGCUCAGAAUGAGCAGAAGAAGCAUGCCACGGACGUGGUUGCCGCCACAGCUGCUGCUGCCGUGAUCCACUUAACUUCCAGUUCUAAUGAAAGAACUGGAAGCAUUGAAGAAGCUGCUGCCAUUAAAAUUCAAUCUGUGUUCAGGUCCUACUUGGCAAGAAAAGCAUUGUGUGCUCUUAGAGGGAUAGUGAAGUUGCAGGCACUGGUAAGGGGUUACUUGGUGAGAAAACAGGCCAGAGAUACAUUAAGGUGCAUGCAGGCUUUGGUCAUAGCCCAAGCCAGAGCUCAUGCUUCAAGGCUUCGAAUGGAAUCACAAGGGAAGCGAAAAACCUUAUUAGAGGAUAAUGUGUUCAGGCAUAUGUAUAAUGAACAUGAGAGAGGCAUGGAAGAGAACAUCAAGAUUGUGCAGAUGGAUGUUUGUGAUUCAAGAGGAAGAAACAGCACAUCAAAUCACGGAUACGGCCAUAGAUAUUCAACAUAUUAUUCACCAAAUGGUUAUGUUUAUUCAUACUUAAAAGAAGGAGGCAGCAACAAGGCAUCGCCAGCACCUUCAGCAAUGACAGAGUUCAGUCCAAGAGCAUGCAGUGGCCACUUUGAGGAUUGUGGAGCCUUCAACACAGCACAAAGCAGCCCUCAUUACUACUCAGCAGUUUCAAGAGAGGAGGAUUUGAAUCUUCCUUUUGCUUUUCCUAAACCAAACUAUGCAGCAGACUCCAUGUCCUAUGACUACCAAUUUUUCCCAAAUUACAUGGCUAACACUGAAUCAUCAAGGGCCAAAGCCAGAUCACACAGUGCACCAAGACAAAGGCCAGAUUCAUUCGAGAGGCAGCCAAGCCGGCGUAGAGCUUCGGUGGAGGGAAGAAGUGUCCCGAGGCCAAUGAGAAUGCAGAGGUCAUCUUCACAUGUUGGUCUCACUGCACAAAACUACCAAUAUCCUUGGUCAAUGAAGCUUGAUAGGUCAACUGUUUCCCUCAAAGACAGCGAGUGUGGCUCUACAACUUCAGUGCUCACAAACUCCAAUUACUGCAGAUCUCCUGCUGCAUAUAAUCCUCGUGGACAUAGGUACUGAAAUCGUGCAUUCCAAUACCGGUUUUGAAGGAGACCUUCUGCUUUUAAACUCGAGUGCAAAUAACAAAUCCAUUUGAUUGAUGUUCAGCUUUUGAAGUGUUUCUUUCUUAUUCUUCUGCAUCUUUAAACUUUUAACUAUUUCAAGUGUGUAUAAUUUUACCAGCAUCAAUUUUAGUUUCAGAUGUCUAUUCUAUUUCUGUAGAAAAUAGAGAUGACAUAAGUAACGCCCAAUAAUCUGGAAUUUGAUGCUACUUAAGAAGGCCAUAAUAUGUGUUAUGGCCACAAAUUUAC